AUGACAUUGGACAUAGAUUACGUGCUCUCCCAUAUCACGCAGGAGGACAAGAUCGCCCUUCUCGCAGGCACCGACUUCUGGCAUACCCACCCCAUUCCCGAAUUGAAUGUGCCUUCAAUCCGUUCUACCGACGGCCCUAAUGGUAUAAGAGGCACGAAGUUCUUCGCCGGUGUGCCGGCUGCCUGUUUGCCCUGUGGCACCGCCUUGGCGUCCACUUGGGAUCAAGAUCUACUACGCGAAGUGGGAGUGCUAAUUGGAAAAGAAUGUCUGGCAAAGGGGGCGCACUGUUGGCUGGGUCCGACAAUCAAUAUGCCCCGAUCACCACUGGGCGGCCGGGGUUUUGAGUCUUUCGCGGAGGACCCGCAUCUCGCCGGAGGAAUGGCUGCCUCGAUGAUCACAGGCUGUGAGAGCACCGGGGUUAUCUCCGCGGUAAAACAUUUCGUCGGUAAUGACCAGGAACAUGAGCGGAGGGCUGUGGAUGUUCUUGUCACUCAGCGCGCGUUGAGAGAGAUCUAUCUGCGACCUUUUCAGAUCGUAGCCCGUGACGCGGGUCCUGGUGCUCUGAUGACUUCCUACAACAAGAUCAACGGCAAGCACGUUGUGGAGAGUAAGGAGAUGUUGGAUAUGGUCCGUCAGGAGUGGAAGUGGAAUCCGCUUAUCAUGAGUGACUGGCUGGGAACGUACACCACGAUUGACUCAAUGAACGCCGGUUUGGAUUUGGAGAUGCCGGGUCCGUCGCGGUAUCGAGGCCGAUAUGUGGAAUCAGCCGUGCAGGCAAGGUUGAUUAAGGAGUCCACCAUUGAUAGUCGCGCACGAAAGGUCCUUGAGUUUGUUCGGCAAGCAACCAGAGCACCGGUAUCCGCUGUGGAAACUGGAAGGGACUAUCCGGAAGAUCGGGCGCUGAAUCGAAAGUUGUGUGCCAACACUAUCGUGCUUUUGAAGAACAAGGAUGAGCUUUUACCCUUGCCCAAGACGAUCAAGAAGAUUGCCCUGAUCGGCUCGCAUGUACGAACUCCAGCGAUCUCCGGUGGUGGCAGCGCCUCCCUGGAACCGUACUAUACCGUCUCGUUGUAUGACGCUGUGACCGAAGCUCUUCCCCACACCGAGAUUCUCCACGAGGUGGGCGCUUAUGCGCACAAAAUGCUACCUGUGAUCGACCGGCUCCUUAGCAAUGCUGUGAUGCAUUUCUACAACGAGCCCGUAGGGACGGAGGAGCGUAUUUUACGCGCCACACAGCCGAUGUCGAAGACCGCCUUUCAGCUAAUGGAUUUUAAUGCACCGGAGCUCAACAGAGGUCUAUUCUAUGCGACGCUAACUGGUGACUUUACGCCAGAUGCGUCGGGUGUGUGGGACUUUGGCCUCACAGUCUUUGGCACUGGUACAUUGUACGUCGACGACGAAUUAGUCGUCGACAAUACCACACAUCAAACCCGAGGAACGGCGUUCUUCGGCAAAGGAACGGUGCAAGAACUGGGAUCGAAGGCUCUCAACGCGGGUCAAACCUACAAGAUCCGGAUCGAAUAUGGAUCUGCGAAUACUAGUCCUAUGAAAGCAAUCGGCGUGGUACACUUUGGUGGCGGUGCAGCGCACCUUGGAGCAUGCUUACAUACCGAUCCCACAGAGAUGGUGCAGAGUGCUGUUAAGGCAGCUGCAGAGGCGGACUAUACCAUUCUCUGUACCGGACUGAAUCACGAAUGGGAGUCUGAGGGAUUUGACCGGCCGGAUAUGGACCUUCCGCCUGGGAUUGAUGCGUUGAUCACCUCUGUGCUGGAUGUUGCGGCGAACAGAACAGUGAUUGUUAAUCAGUCCGGGACGCCAGUGACGAUGCCCUGGGCUGAUAAGGCGAGGGGGAUCGUUCAGGCCUGGUAUGGAGGUAAUGAGACCGGUCAUGGUAUCGCGGAUGUGAUAUUUGGGGACGUCAACCCAUCCGGCAAGCUGCCACUAUCGUGGCCGUUGGAUGUGAAACACAACCCAGCGUAUCUGAAUUACGCCAGCGUGGGGGGAAGGGUGCUGUACGGCGAGGAUGUCUAUGUUGGAUAUCGGUACUACGAGAAGGUUGGCCGGGAGGUGUUAUUCCCAUUUGGCCACGGUCUUUCCUAUACGACCUUUACCGUGUCUCCGGAUGUGGUCUUCUCCCAGGAAUCGUUUAGACCCGAGGAACCCCUGACGGCUACUGUACAAAUCAAGAAUACUGGCAAGGUAGCUGGAGCGCAAGUCCUCCAGCUGUAUAUCUCCGCCCCUCAAUCCCCCACACCUCGCCCGACUAAGGAGUUGCACGGAUUUACGAAAGUUCUUUUGCAACCCGGGGAAGGAAGAGUGGUCCAUAUUGGCGUGGAUAAAUACGCCACAAGUUUCUGGGAUGAAAUCGAAGGCAUGUGGAAAAGCGAAGAGGGUAUGUACGAAGCUCUGAUAGGUACAUCAAGUCAAAAUAUCCUGGCGAAGGGGACAUUCAGGGUGGAUGGGACGAGAUACUGGCUUGGAUUAUAA